AACUGAUGACGUAUUACGCAUGACUGAAUCCCGGAAGAAGAUUGCUGUAUAGUAUUUAUCAAGAACUCCCAGAAACUAAGAGUACUUGCUUGAUUUACUGCAUAAAAUCACUGUUGCACAGCAGUGCAGCAGAGUUUUAAAGCGUCUGCAACUAUGGGGUUCGGGACAGACUUCCAGGGCCGCGAGUCCCACGAUGCUUUGCUACGGAUUCAAGACACAGAAAUUCGUCUGCUCGAGAAUAUGAAAGUAUGCCUGCAAAAAAGAAUCGAUGGCGAUCGUAAAUAUCUGAACUCGAUUACGACGUUCGUUCAGAUGGCGAUGAAAAUGGAGGAGACAGAAUAUCAUUCCUAUUGUUCUGUGUUUAAGGCCUGGAAUACAGUAAUACGAAGCACAGAACAGUUAGUAGAGUUACUUCAAUUUAGUGUAGAUGGUCUAACUACUAAAGUUAUGGAGAAAAUAACGACAUUAUUAAGUGACAAGAAAGCAGCUAGAAAAUCGUACGAAGAUGAAAGAAAUAGGUUGGAGAAGGAAUUUACACGAAUCAAAGAUGAAGUCCAGAAAAACAAACUUGAGUACACCAAAUGUGUUGAUAAAGUAAGAGUGGAACGUGCCAAAUAUGAAGAUGCAAAUGCAAAAGGUAAAGCCGGGAACAAGUUAGAAAGUGCCAAACAGAGCUACGUACAGGCGAGUGUGAAGUUACACAAACUGCAUAACAAAUACAUUCUCUCGCUAUGUGAACUUAAGAGCCAUCAAGAACAUUAUAGCAACAAAACUUUACCAUAUUUUCUGGACCAUCAUCAGGCUAACCAGGAGAUACUUGUUCAACAGUGCAAAGACUUUUUAGAAGAGUUCCAGAGUUUGACAACAUUUUCUACAAAAGAUCAUAUCACUGCCUACCAGUCUAUAGAAAAUGCGGUAGACGACAUCGUACCCGAGAAAGAAUAUACGGAGGAUUUUGCCGUUAAAUACAAAUCGGACCCAUUUACACCGGUGACAAUAGACUUUGAUGGUAAAAUACUGGAUGAUUAUCAGGGAACAUUAGUACCGAACCGUCUCGCUGUCGACGAUUUUACACAAGAAUCACUGGAAUCACAAAAACAAACAUUGUCUGAAGAAAUAGAUAGUAUAAAGAAACAGCUACAAGAUUUAGAAUCGGAAAAAAAAACGUCGGCAGACAGAGUACGGGAUCUACGUAAGGACAUGUCAAAGUUGUCUCAUGAAGAAAUGUCUGAGUACCUUGAUAAACGUAAACAAUUCGAGGAGCUGAAGAAAAAGAUAGCAGAGCUGGAGAGUAACAUGGCAACGAAAGCUGAUCUUAUCAAGAUCAUCGAGGAACCGCUAAAUAAAUUAGGUGAUGGUACGCCGCCGGCAGCUCUCGAUAUACCAGAUAUUUCCCUAGACAAUGUGUCCACUCACAGUGGCGAUGAGAAGAAUAGUAAAUUGAAAAUGUUUAAAAAUCUCAAGAAGAUGAACCCUUUAAGAUUGAUGCGGGAAAAAAGCCAGAUAGAGAACGGACAGAAAGAAGACGGUCCACAAAAUUAUGAACAACAAGAAACACACCCUUCUUCCAGUGUGGAUUCCGGUUUUGCGUCUUGUUCGGCAUCACCUGCUAAAAAGUUAGAAGAUGAAGAAUGGUUCCAUGGAGUUUUACCGCGGGAGGAAGUUCAGCGUCUGCUGUCAGACGACGGGGAUUUCCUGGUACGGGAGAGCAAGAAUAAACGUACCAAUGAAACGCAAUAUGUACUGUCCGCCUACUGGCAGGGAUACCGUCAUUUCAUCAUACAGUUUCAGGAG